ACCCGCAAAGGUUCCUCGGUCCGAACUGCACAUCGCCCUCAGGCUUAAAACCCUAAUUUUUUUUUGGGUCGAAUCCUAAACCCUGAUUCGUAUAAUUUUGCCGGCGAAACUUGGAGAUAGCAUUGAGUCGGCGGUCCAUAACUCUAGCUUAAUCUCCGUCGUCUCUGUUCCUAUUGAAUCGACGAAAGAUUCUGAGCGUAGGUCGCCCCAUAGCCCCGUAGAACAUGCCACGCACGACGACGGUGGAGUCCCCUGGUUGCCCUCCGUUUCGGGCCCUAACCUUCGAUGUCCUUGGUCUCGUGAAAGUUGUUGAAGCUAGAGGUAAGCAAGGAGGUGUUCCUAAGGUGGUCGAGCGCUGGGGCGAGCCGGAAUCGCGUAAUUGCGUGCUUGCCGCAUCCAUUGACGGCUGCAAGCGCAACCCUAUGCUAGCAGUUGCCAGAAAAUGUGGUAAGAUUGAGCUCCUUGACCCUCUUAAUGGGGAUACUCGAGUUGUAAUUUCUGAUGCCAUUGACACAAAACCUGAAGAUGAUCCUAUUAUUGGGUUACAUGUAUUCAGAAGAGAGAGAACAGAGGAAAGGUCCAGUAGGUCAUGCACUUUACUUUCAUGUACAACCAAGGGAAAUGCAGUUAUGAGAUCCUUUGAAGUUACGGAUUCACCUGAAGACUGUGUCUCCACUAGCACAACAAAUAAAUGGAAUGUAUGUGCUGCAGGGAGUGUGCUGUGUUGUAAAGUGGAUGGAAGUGAAAAUUAUGCCGUGGCAGGGGGCAAAGGGGUUGAACUUAACAUUUGGGAUCUUGACAAGUGCAGUAGGAUGUGGACAGCAAAAUCGCCCCCAAAGAACAACCUUGGAAUUUUCACGCCUACUUGGUUUACCUCUGCAACAUUCCUUUGCAAAGACGAUCAUCGUAAAGUCGUGGCUGGUACUAAUAGUCGUCAGGUCCGCCUAUAUGAUAUUUCUGCUCAGCGCAGACCUGUUUUAUCGUUUGAUUUCCGGGAAACUCCCAUUAAAGCAGUUACUGAGGAUAUAGACGGUUAUACAGUCUAUGUUGGGAAUGGAUCUGGAGAUCUUGCAUCAUUUGACAUGCGCACAGGAAAAUUGCUAGGAUGCUUUCUGGGGAAGUGUUCUGGAAGCAUCCGAUAUAUAUCCAGACAUCCAGACUUCCCAGUGAUAGCAUCUUGUGGACUUGAUAGCUAUUUGCGUCUUUGGGAUGUGAAGUCGCGACAACUUCUUUCUGCGGUCUUUUUGAAACAGCACCUCAACAGUGUCCUCUUUGAUUCUGGUUUUGCUGAUGAAGAACCUGUCCAAAAUGCACGAGAUGUGACGGAAAAUGAGGCCCAGAGGCAUAGGGUAGAUGAAACCCAAUAUGAGGAUGGGACGCUCCUAGUGAAGAGGAAGAAGAAGAAGAAGAAGAAGACACAUGAAGAAGGCAGAGAUCACAAGACAUCCGGUAAAGAGAAUGGUGGAAUCGAAAAGCUGAACCGUAAGAAGAAAAUCAAAAGAGUGAAGACAUUAGCUGAUGAUGAUGCAUUGUGACCGGAGAUAGUAUGCAAGCACUUACAGUCGACAAGUAAUGUGAUUGGGUCAAUCCUCGGCCCCUGUGAAUCCACUGGAUACUCAUGAGUAAGUUACAUACCAAGCGAGCGCCGUUCAGAAGUUUUGUUAUUUAUUAAAAGCUUUGG